CUUAAGUAGCCGCGGGCGAGCUCAGGGGGGAAGGAGGGAGCGAGCCCCGGCUGCGGCUGACCCGCUCCGCCCCAGCCGAGACCCGACCCGGCCCCAGCCAGCCCGAGACCCGCCAUGAGGGGCCUGAGCGGGACGCUGUGGCUCCUCCUGGCCCUGCGCACCGUGCUCAGUGGGAUGGAGGUGCGGUGGUGUACCACCUCAGAUCCAGAGCAGCAGAAAUGCAACAACAUGAGCAAGGCCUUCCAGGAAGCUGGGAUCCAGCCCUCCCUCCUCUGCAUUCAGAGCACUUCAGCUGACCACUGUGUCCAGCUCAUCACGGUGGGGGAAGCAGAUGCCAUCACUCUGGAUGGAGGAGCCAUCUAUGAGGCAGGGAAGGAGCACGGCCUGAAGCCUGUGGUGGGAGAAGUAUACGAUCAAGAGGUGGGCACCUCCUAUUACGCCGUAGCUGUGGUCAGGAGGAGCUCCAAUGUAACCAUCAACACCCUGAGAGGCGUGAAGUCCUGCCACACCGGCAUCAACAGGACGGUGGGCUGGAACGUGCCCGUGGGCUACCUGGUGGAGAGCGGCCGCCUCUCCGUGAUGGGCUGCAACGUGCUCCAAGCUGUCAGCAACUAUUUUGGGGGCAGCUGUGUCCCUGGAGCAGGAGACACCAGUUACUCAGAGUCCCUCUGUCGCCUCUGCCGGGGCAAUGGCGCUGGGGAGGGGGUGUGUGACAAGAGCCCCCUGGAGAGAUACUAUGACUACAGCGGCGCCUUCCGGUGCCUGGCGGAAGGGGCCGGGGAAGUGGCCUUCGUGAAGCACAGCACGGUGCUGGAGAACACGGAUGGGAACACCCUGCCCUCCUGGGGCCAGAUGCUGCUGUCACAGGACUUUGAGCUGUUGUGCCGGGAUGGCAGUCGAGCUGACGUCACCGAAUGGAGGCGGUGCCAUCUGGCCCGGGUGCCUGCUCAUGCAGUGGUGGUCCGGGCUGAUACAGAUGGGGGGCUCAUCUUUCGGCUGCUCAAUGAAGGCCAGCGUCUGUUCAGCCAUGAGGGCAGCAGUUUCCAGAUGUUCAGCUCUGAGGCCUAUGGCCAGAAGAACCUGCUGUUCAAAGACACCACCUCAGAGCUGGUGCCCAUUGCCACGCAGACCUACGAGGCAUGGCUGGGUCGCGAGUACCUGCACGCCAUGAAGGGCCUCCUGUGUGACCCCAACCGGCUGCCCUCCUACCUGCGCUGGUGUGUGCUGUCCACUCCCGAGAUCCAGAAGUGUGGAGACAUGGCUGUGGCCUUCAGCCGGCAGAGGCUCAGGCCGGAGAUCCAGUGCGUGUCAGCCAGUUCCCCCCAGCACUGCAUGGAACAGAUCCAGGCUGGCCAAAUUGAUGCGGUGACUCUGAGGGGCGAGGACAUUUAUACCUCUGGGAAAACAUACGGCCUGGUUCCAGCGGCGGGGGAGCUCUAUGCCCCUGAGGACAGGAGCAACUCCUACUACGUGGUGGCUGUGGUGAGGCGGAACAGCUCCUACGCCUUCACCCUGGAUGAGCUCCAGGGCAAGCGUUCCUGCCACUCGGGCUUCGGCAGCCCUUCAGGCUGGGAUAUCCCAGUGGGCGCCCUCAUGCAGAGGGGCUUCAUCCGGCCCAAGGCCUGCGACGUCCUCACAGCGGUGAGCGAGUUCUUCAGUGCCAGCUGUGUGCCCGUGAACAACCCCAAGGACUACCCAUCCUCGCUGUGUGAGCUCUGCGUGGGGGAUGAGCAGGGCCGCAACAAGUGUGUGGGCAACAGCCAGGAGAGGUACUAUGGUGACAGCGGAGCCUUCAGGUGCCUGGUUGAGAACGCGGGGGACGUCGCCUUUGUCAAGCACACCACCGUCUUUGACAACACUGAUGGCCACAAUAAUGAGCCCUGGGCUGCUAAGCUCAGGUCAGAGCAUUACGAGCUGCUGUGUCCCAACGGGGCCCGGGGCGAGGUGUCCCAGUUUGCAGCCUGCAGUCUGGCACAGAUACCGUCCCACGCCGUCAUGGUCCGGCCGGACACCAACAUCUUCACCGUGUAUGGACUACUGGACAAGGCUCAGGACCUGUUUGGAGAUGACCACAAUAAGAAUGGCUUCAAAAUGUUUGACUCCUCCAACUAUCACGGCCAAGACCUGCUUUUCAAGGAUGCCACAAUCCGGGCCGUGCCUGUUGGGGAGAAGACCACGUACCAAGACUGGCUGGGCCCCGACUACGUAGCAGCUCUGGAAGGGAUACUGGCUCAGCAGUGCUCAGACUCAGCGGUCACUGCCUCAAGGGCGUCCCUGCUCCUGCUGCUGCUCCCGCUGUCCCUCACAGCCCGCCUCCUCCAGUCCUCCCUCUGAAGCAGCUCCAGGGCAGCCUCACCCUCCCUCGGAAUGGAAACCUAUUUGGAAAUCUUUAUAAGUAAAGCUGUUCUCAGUCAAUCCAGUUAACACUACUCAGCGAGAAAUGUGUGAUGGAGAGAUGUGAGAACCCAUGAGCGCCUCACAGCCGUGAUUCCGAUGCUGAAGUUUCUGCGAUUGCUUCCAACUGGAAUAAAGACGAAUGUUAAAGAAAAGUCCCCCAACCUCAAGUUGGACAUGAGCAGGUCUCUCCUGCUGGAACUCAGCCUCUGCCUCCCAGGCACCACCUGUCCCUCUGCUACCUGAGGUGGUGAGCUGGCAGCCUCCCAGUCACGCCCCACCCACAAGCUGGCACAGCCGCUUCCCUGCAAAUCUGCAGGCUCCCACCACAUGGAACCUCACCAGGCUUGGGUUUGGAAAAGGCCAGUUACCAAGGAAACAGGCUGCGCCCAGGCUUCCCACAUGGCCCUCUCUGCCGGAGUUUGCCCUGCUGAGCCACCCAGGGAGUCUGGUGAGAUGACAGGCCCCUGGCUCUUCCCAUGUGGGCCCCACCACCCUCCAGAGAGUGGACACUGUCCCCCACCACCUCGCAUUAGCCCACCCUCCUCGCUCUGUCUUUCCCUCUAGCCUCAAUUCAAUCUCCCUCCUGAGGACACUGUCCACCCAGGCAUCCGCCCUGAAGCUGCAGCCAGGCCCCCCAAUGAGGCAAAGCUACUUGACAGGGGCGCAGCUUCUUUUUUGUUUUCUGGGCUGGGGAGGGGAGGGAGGUCCUGGCUGGCCCAUGGAAUGAAACCCUCACGGGGUCCGCAGAUAAAGGAAGUGCUGACCAGUAAGAAUUUUUACUAGGUAGGGGGCUAGCUGCAGGGUUGGGGGUCUGAAAUCCUACCUAAACACUUGUCUGCUGUAAGAAGGGCGGCCUCAGAACUGAGCAUGCUCUUGUGCCCUGCCUCAGUGAACUGGGCUGGACAAGGCUCUGUGCUGGGGUUAAGCCCAGCCAGUAGGCAUCCCCCAUCCUGAGGUUCCUCCUUCUGGAAUCCAUCUCAGAUUACCCGCUUCUACCCCGCUGGAUGACCCUGCACUACUCAGCUAUGCUUGUAUAUCUAGCAGCCCCUGUUACCUCUGGACUGAAGGGUGCAGCUCUGGGGACUGUCCAGGGAUCUGCAGGCCUGGAGCAGGGGGUGGCCAGGCCCAGAAAGACUGUGAGGCCCUCUGACCAGCCAGGAAUAGGUAGGCGCCAUUACCUGGUUAGAGCAGGCACAGGCCCAGACCCAAGCCAAGUACUGAGGGACUCUGUCUGCAGUGUGAGCUGGGGAUCUCCACACCAGCCCUGCCGACUGGGCCCUGGGGACCACUCACUCCAGAGGAAGGGUCCCUCCUUUCCCACCCCUACGAAAAUCAGCAGAGAGCCUGGAGAGGGUCUUCUCUCUUCUUCAUUAUUGCCACGGUUGUCUGAGGAGGGAAAAAGUUUCCAGAACUGCCAGCUCUUACUCUGAAUUUGCUCCUUGGAAAAGUGAAAAAGAGAAGAAACAGGAGCAAGCCACCCUCGUCAGCAGACUGGGAGCUGCGUGGGCCCAGAGCUAUUUGUGUCCCAGUCUGCGGGGGCCUUAGGGAUGCUGAUGACAGGCCGGGUUCCCAGUGUUUCGCCCCCACCUGUGGGCGUUGGGACAGAUCCCUUCCAUCUCUGAGCAGUGAAGGAGGCCGCUGGCAGCGUUCUGGCCACAGUACUGUGGCCACCAUCCUCAGGAGUACUGGCCACCAGGCCGGGGCGACCCCUCACCCCACCUCGAGGGGCCGGAAGGAGCUGGCCUCUGCUACCAAGCUUUGUCCCUCUAUACUUGGGGGAGCCAGUGAUUCCCUCUUCGCUGACCUGAUGAUUGUUUGAUUUAUUUUUUUAAGGGAGGUUUGUGCAAUGAGAAGUUUAUUUCUGUGUGGCUCCCCUGGGCCAGGGCACUAUCUAGGAAGGGACACCUGUACUGCCAGCCACGGGAGGUGUGACCUGCGUGAGGGCUGUGUGAUGUUUGUCAGGUGACAGCAGGGGGCCACUGUUGUAUUAGUGCUAAUAAAGAUGGUGGUUUUUUAAAAUAAAGCCAAACAAUGCUGUACCCGCUAAGGCUUGGAU